UACAAAUUUAACAAUCUAUCAAAAAUUGAUUAAUACUUGUAUAUUAAAUAUAAAAAAUUCUGGUUUAUAUCAUAAACAAUGGAAUAAUACAAUAUUGAAUUAUAAUAAAUUCAAUACAAAACAUAUAUGGUGUAAAACAAUUGAUUGGAGACAAGAAUCAACAAAUAUACCAUGUGGUCUUAGUAUUACUGAAUAUAUGACUGGUGAUUUGUAUACUGGUUACUUGGCUAUAAUUACAAACCAAGAAUAUCGUAACCAUGAAGUUGAUCUCUUGUUUCAAUUUACAUGUAAAACUAAUAAUGAUGUACCGCAUCGGGUACCUGGACAAGUUUUCGAAAGAAAUAUUAAAGUUAAUAGACAAGAUCUACUUGAUGAUUCACCAUGGCCUAAACUUGAUGUUAAAUUUACUGUCAAAGAUGAAAAUGGACAAUCAGUACAAACAAUAUUAGAGUCAACACCAAUCAGAUUUGAAGCUGAAUUGAUUGAUGAACUAAAUGUUUACAAAGCUAUUACUGUUGAAGAAUGUUAUAUGAUAGACAGGAUAAAAUCUGGUCAAAGAAGUGAAGAUUCAAAGGAAACUCUUUUAUUAUACAAAGGUUGUCCAAUGUUCAAAUCAAAUUUAAACAAUCAAUCAAUAACUGGAUUUAAUUUUCAAAUGAAUCAAUAUGACAAUGAAAAAGUAUUCAUAUUUCAACCGAAUAAUCAUAAUAAUAAUUUAUAUCAAUUACAAACUGGUUUAUUUCAUCUUUAUUUAAAUAAACAAUCAAUAAUUGAUUUAGAUAUAACACAAUCAAUCAAUAAAACAAACAAAAUGAUAAAACCAAAUAUCGAAAAAAUCAAUAAAAAUGUUACAAUGAUUAAUAAUAAAUCAAUGAAAUUAAUAAAUAAACCAAUGAAUUUAUUGGAUGAUAUAUAUAAAGAAAAAUUAAAUGAAAUUGGAUAUAGAAUACAUGAAUUAAAAUUUACUUGUAUAUUUCGUAUAUGUAAACAAUUAGCAUGGUGUUCAUGGACAAAAUUAAUUAAACAUGAAAUAUAUAUGACUGGAAGAACAAAAACAAACAAACGAACAAACAAACAGAUAAAUAAACAACUGAUCAAAUUCAUUUCAUAGAUCAGUACUCAAAAGGCAUAUCAACAAGAUUUGGCUAAUAACUAUAUAUAACAUAAUUAUCAUGUCAUUAGAAAUAAAGAAUAAAUCAUUUUUACUAUCUGAGUUUGUAUUUGUCCAUAUUUACUAUGGAGAACCUUCAAUAAUUAAUAUUGUAUAAUUAUUCAAGUCACUAUUUCUUUUUUCUUAUUUCAUCAGCUCAUAUGAAAUUAAUGAUAAUGAAGAACUGAGUUGAGUCUAG